AUGCCAAUAUGGGCGUACAAGGGGUACGAUGUUGCCCCAGCAGCUCUUGAGGCUUUGUUGGCUGAAAUCCAUCCUGAGACGCUGCACCUCGGUACCUGUGCGCAAUGCGCAUCACAGGGCAACCCGCGGGAGCGGGGCAAUGCUCUGUUCGUGAAGGGCAAUUUUAUCGCUGCCGCUGCUGCCUACUCCGAGGGACUGCAAUCCAAUAGUAGUUUAAAAACUGCAAGCAACCUGAACUGCACGGUUGCUGAGGAGCGUGCUAUCCUGCUGUGCAAUCGAGCCGCAUGCCAUCUGGAGCUCGGCAAUGCAGCAGCCGCGGAGGCAGACUGCCGUGCCUGCCUACAGUUGCAGCCAUGCAAUAUCAAAGCACACUACCGAUUGGCCCGGUCCCUGCCGGCCGAUCACCCCGACGCGGCUGCCGCCAUCGCCAUCGCCAUCGCGCUGUGCGAACCAGGUGGUCGCGCUGACGCGAUGAUGGCGACCUACAACACCAUUCAGCGUGCAGCGGACAAUGCUGCUGCUGCGGCUGCAGCAGCAGUCUCUGCUGCUGCCGCCGGCACAGACGAGGCUGCACAGCCGCCGCCGCCGCCAGUACGACUGCAGCUCCCGCCAGACUGCGGCCGCGUCGCCGCCGCAUCGAGCUGGUCUGAAGUCGAAGCCGCCCUGCGUCGAGGUUUCAGCUUUGUCGUACUGCGCCCCGGCAUCUACACUACCAACACCCGCGCGCCGCAGGCGGCGCCCGGCGUCAGCACCUACACGCUCCUCGCCGUCGGUUCUGUCGUACUGCAGUCAACGCGUGACGGCGGCAGCCACGCGAUCUGGGUCAACGCUGAACUGCCGUUUCAUUCUAUUUUCCGUAGGACGCCGCCUGCCUCCGUCACGCUGGCCGGAGUACGGCUUGUUGGCAGCGGCCGUGUAGCGGCGGCCUGUGUCUCCGGCGAUGGCGCAAAACUGCAGUUGCUGAACUGCCGUAUCGAGGACUACGGCGAGGCAGGCCUCUUAGUAACGGGAGCGUGUACGGCACGUCUUGCGGGAUGCGUCUUCACCCGUACGGCAGCUCAGGCGAUAGAAGUCCGGGAGGGUGGAAAACUGAUAGCGGAUCGCGUCACCAUCACCAACUGCAACCAGGGCGUAUCCGCGUACGGCGGUGCUCGUACCGUCGUACUGCGUGACUGUACGAUUGUGGGAUCAAAGCGGGAGAAUGUGUUGCUGAGCGGCACGUACGUGAACGCCGCGACGGAGGCUCAGCACGGCCUUGGAGGUGACGGGAGAAAGGCGCGGUCGGCAAGCGCCGCCGUUGCGACGGCGAAGGCGGAGGAAUGGGGCCGGCGCAACAGCACGCCGUUGGACGUUGCUUUGUUGGACUGUACCAUCAGCAGGUCUGGACAAUUUGGAGUGUCCGCAGACCGCGGCACUAGUGUUUUGGCGCGAGGUUGCCUGCUCGAGGACAACGAUCCGUACGCGUUUUUCAUCAAAGGGGGCACGGACGCGAGCAUAUUGGCGUGCCGAAUCCACUACUCCGGCGCCAGAUCCAAAUGUGACUGGGGAAUAUCCGCUGGCGGCAUUGGUGGCGGCGGCAUUGGUGGCGGGCGCGGCGGCGUCAGAGGCCGUGGCGCGGCUGCGGCGGCCCCCAUGCGGCAAACCGGUAUUCAUAUCGGCGUCAACUACGGCGGCACCGUCACCAUCGUCGGUAAUGCAUUUGUCGGGCCCGAGAAGAUGGCGAUUGUGGAGGAAGGGGUCGGAAGUGCCGAAGUCGCCAUCACGACACGGUGCCUGGGCUUUUGGUCCAAGCCAUCAUCCACAGAUCGGAACAGUUACCAUGAUAGGAAGGCGGCUACUGCGGCGCUGGCCGAGCGCCGUCGCGGCGGCAACGGCCCUGGCGGCAGGAACGAAGGAGGUGACUGUAGCGGCGGUAGCAGUCGCAGCGGCGGGGGCGGCGGCGGAAGUACGGACGUCGAUGAUGUAGACUCCGUGCCUAGUUUGGAAUCCUUGGCGCAGCACCUGCCGUCCUGGGCGAUGGUGGCCGGUACUUCUUCGGCCGCCGCCGCCGCCGCCGCAGCGGCGGCAGCGGCGGCGGCGGCGGCAGCGGAAACGGCGCUCCGCGGCGCCUUUGCCAGUUGGGCUGCUUGCACGUUGCCGCUGGAUGCCCUCCUGGCGCAGCGCCAGCAGCGGUUGGGGGUUCCCCGUGGUGCGGUGGCGGAGGCAAUUUGGAGGAACGCUGUUGAGCUCUCCAUGGGGGCGCUGGAGGCAACGAUAGGUCCGAAGGCGGCGGAGGCGCUGCGGCCUGAGGUGCGUGAGUAUGUGCAUGUGGGCAGCCUGAGGCCUGAGGGCGAUGGUGGCGGCGGGGGCGGCGGCGGCGGGGACGGCGGCGGCGGCGGCGGAGCCAAAAAGCCGGCGGCGGCGGCGGCGCCGGUAGAGCCUCUGGUGGCGGCCAAUCCGACACUGCUGCUGGCACCAGAGUUGCAGUACACGGUGUAUUUCUCCUCCUCCAUCUUCCGAGCCCUGCCGCUUUCGGACAAGCCCGGUACCGCUACUGCCCGCCUGACGGCGGCGCUGACGCCGCUCCUGGACGCUGCCGUACAGGGCCUGCGUGACGGCAGCAUCACCGUGCAACUUGUGCACGGCGAUAUCCUCGCCGCCUUGCUGACGGUACCCUCCUACUCUCCACCUCCGUCGCCGCUGACGCCGCCACAACAGCCGCUGCAGUACGACUUCAUCGAUUGCAGCAACGUAGCGGAUUACGUGUCUCUCCAGGCGCUUGUGCAGGCCGCAGCGCCGCUGCUGGCGCGUCGUACAUAUGCACGGCUGCGUGCGGAGAGCCUGACGGUGUACGGCCGUCAGCUGGAGCGGGAACCGGCGCUGACGCCAGCAGGCUUCGUGGCUUCCCGGCUACAAGGACCCUCCUUGGCAGCAUUUCAAGAGAUGUUAGCGAUCCGAUUGGUAGAGG